CCAAAGUUAGGGCAUCACUUUUCGACUUUGAACACUUCCCCAAUCACUUUCUAUUUGGAGACCGCUUUUCUCGGCUGGCAAAGUUCUCACUUUCUACAAACCUCCUUUUCAUGCGUUGUUUCAUUUGAAUCAGCGUCCGCUCUGGUGGAGGAGAGGCUCUCUCGUCUUAACCGCUUUCUUCCCACUCCAGUAACCUAAGUGAUUCAUAACGAAGUUGUGAGUAGUACCAUUUCUACUUUUUGACUGAUAUAAGUGAGGGUGGUGUGUGUGGUUCAUGCAAAAGACACCAUGCAGCUCUAUCAUCAUCCCUAUUCCUUGGACAGCCAAAAAGUCAGGCUUGCUUUGGAAGAGAAAGGGAUUGAUUACACAUCACAUCAUGUGAAUCCCAUUACUGGCAAGAAUUUGGAUGCCUUUUUCUUCCGUAUGAACCCAAGGGCUAAACUUCCUGUUUUCCAGAACGGUUCCCACGUCAUAUAUGAUACCAUAGAGAUAAUUCAGUAUAUUGAAAGGAUUGCAGAGAAAGCGGCUUCUGGUGGCAAUGACUUAAAUGUGAGCAAUCAAGAAGUUGUGGAAUGGAUGCGUAAGAUUCAAAUGUGGGACCAUAAGUAUUUUACGCUCAUCCAUGUUCCAGUGAAGCAUCGUCUCCACAUUUCUAAAUUUUUAAGACGCAUAAUAAUAGCCCGGAUGGCUGAAUGUCCAGACUUGGCAAGUGCUUAUCAUCGUAAGCUAAGAGAGGCGUAUGAGACCGAGGAAAAGUUGGGGAAUGCAGAGGUGGUGAGACGGAGUGAAGAACAACUUAAGAAGCUUUUGGAUGAAGUUGAAGGCAAACUGUGUGAAACUUCUUAUCUAGCUGGGGAGGAGUUCAGUUUGGCAGAUGUGAUGCUAAUCCCCAUCCUGGCUCGAUUAGAGCUGUUAAACUUGGAGCUUCAGUUCAUUAAUACAAGACCUAAUCUGGCGGAGUAUUGGGCUGUGGUGAAACAGAGGCCUAGUUAUAAGAAGGUGAUUGGAAGGUACUUUGAUGGGUGGAAACGAAAGAAAACCCUCGUUAAAACAUGGUGCUUUGUCACACUCAGAGGCAUGCUGCGAAAAUACUGAGGGUGAAAGCGUCUCACGUCCUAUGGAUGGGAAAAAACUGAACUCAGAGUGACUCUUAAAGGUUUUUUACCUGUGUACUGCUAAAAAGUCAAAUUGGCUUCAGAACAGAUGUAAUAGGAGGGAAAAUAUCCGAUGUACAGAGUCAGAAAUAUUAAAUUUGUGGUGCUGUAAAAUUUUCCGUUAUUUUUCCUGGAAAAUGUUUGACAUUUAAUUAUUUGAACUGGUUGUAAACGAUUUAUAAUUUUAUAUGCGUCAUGGGAGCUUGUUGAUUUAAGCAGCUCGAGUGCAUGACAACAUUUUAUUUAUUGAUUAUUGUGACUAAAAAAUGCA